CCCGCUCCCAUUACGACGCGGACUCUCGCGGCAGGUGCACCAACCUAAGUGCCACUCUGCUUACCUGUGUGCCUACCUGCGCCACCCGUUCGGCCUUUCCUCCACGUCGUGUACCGUAGCCGCCGUAGUGCCGUACCAUCCCGCAGGGACGACGGACUGUUCUCUUAUCACGGGCACCUCGUGCGCCCUUCCUUUUUGUACGCUCGCAUACAUAUAUAUGUAUGCAGAUCAUUUUUAAGAAAGAAAUAAAAAAGGAAAAAAAAAAAGAAAGGGGAUACACCAGAUCAAUUUUCAAUGCCGCAAUUCUGUGAGAUUCUUCGUAAUAUCAGAUACGUCGAACUACGUCGAUUAGAGAUUGAUCUUAAGGAUUUCUUUUUUUGACGCUUCGUGCGGGUACGGCCUUUUCGAUGAUCUCGUAAAUCGUAUUGGUUCGCGUUUCGUUACGAGCCUGUGAGCCGAAUUAUCAGUGGUUGUGCGAAUUGUGAGACAUGUGCGAUCUCGGCAAGAUUGAAGAUUAUCCUUGACGAAAGAUAAUCCGGUUACGUGGACGUUUCUUACGUGCUUCUCGGUCGAGUGUCAAGAUCUGUUAUGACAAUUGGUGAUUACGCAAGAACGUGACUGUUGAUCAAGAACUACGUCCCGUUUGACGUAUCGACCUGCGCUCGUUGUCGUGGAUUUUCUGUACCCGCCAAAGUCUCCUGUAAGGACCAAGUUCGAUCUCCUCGAUCGGCCACCUUGUACCUCUUAUCAGGCUACUUGGAUAGUGCCUUGAGGUACGUCGCGACGCCGAUUACUGUACCGACGUCGUAUCGCCAAGAACUGUUCGUGACUCCACGUGCGUCCUCGAUAAGAAUUAUCCUUGAGGCUUUCGUCUCUCUAUACGUGGGUACUUGGGUCACGUAUUUUCUACUGUGGACUUUCUUGCUGCCAGCUGCUGGGGAAUCAUCUGUUGGCUGGACCACGUAUACCAGCGGCCCAAGGGACCAGACUAGGGUGUACUGUGUGCUUUUCAUUUUGGACCGAUCUUGUCCUGGUCCGGUAUCAUACUCGGUGGUAACCUUUGACAUAUGGAGGGUUAGCGUGUUUGACGUUUAGUGAGGAUCUUUUUGACGCUGUUUUUAAUCGUGCGAAAUCAUCUGAAAAAGACACGUCAAUCGAGCCGGGACAUUGCUUAGAUAAGGGAAUCGGUAAACGAGCGAUUUUUACGCUCGUUUCAACUUUUUCACGUGACUAUUACGAGACUCAAUAUCACGCAAGCUGGACAUUUUGACUACGACGUCCGCACCACCGGAGUGGAGAUGUCCACCGCGGGUCGCUGAGAGAAUGAGGGAGCUGGACACCGAGAGCCCCGUCGUCUGGCCAGCUUGGUGUUAUACUGGUGAGGUGUCGGGCGAAACCGUGUCAGCAGGGACGGGACCGCGUGGCGUCGGCGUCAGCGUCGGCGGCGGCGUCGCCGGUGCUGGGGAUCGUGCCGAUACUACGGAUCUGGGCACUCGUACCGAUAAUAACGACGGUGACACCCUGGCCGCUAACACAGCUAUCGACGCCAGGGGCGGCAGCCCCCAGGGCGCGCAUUUAUCAGGCGCCGCGACCCCACGACCUCCCAGAAGUCGCAGGAGACAGAAUCAGAACGGGCUCGAUAUUACUCAGGUGAAGACGGAACGACUUACACCGGACAAUAAUUCGACGUCGUCCAGGAGCGUGACGCCCUCGUCCUCAAGUCACCCUGGCACCCCACCUAACAGUACAGCCCUGGGUGGUGCUGAAGGUCCACCGCCACCCCAUCAUCUCAAACAUAUGGAACAGAUGAUGGGACGGAAUUACAGUGACUUCAUGAGGAGUCUGGCUGCCAAGUAUAAUAACGCCAAUCCAAACGACAGUCCGCGAAACGGAUUCCCACCGGGUUUGGAUCCGAGGUUUCCGGCAUUCAAAACUGCCGCCACGCCGUUCGUGGGUCUUAUGGCGCCACUUGGCGCACCCCAACCGCCAAGCGUCCCGACGACCUCGCCGUUGUCCAACAAAGACCCCAAGGAACAGAAGCAAGAGAGUCUCUUCGGGAAUCCCGUCUUUCCUCCCAUGCUGGACAUGUCCUCGACGCAGGCUCUGCUGCACAUGGUGCGAACAGCCAACGCGGCCCAAAAUGCAGCCGAGUUGGAGACCUACCUUAAAGGUGCCAACAAACGGGACACUGGCGUGACCAGUCCUCUGGAUCUGUCCAGUCCAGGUGGAUUCGCACCGCGUAAGAGACCAAGAACGGAGCUGAGGAGGCCCGGAAGCGUCUCUCCAAAACCAAAACCAGUACCCAGGCCAAGUACACCGCCGCCCAUAAGGUGUCCGUCCCUAUGCGGUCACAUGCCAUGCGGGGAUGGACAGGCAGUUAAUCGAUGGACGAUCGAGGAAGUAGUGAAUUACGUAUCGUCGAUCGACAUCUGUGCGGAGUACGCCCAGAACUUUCGCGAGCAUCGUAUAGAUGGUGCUGCGCUACCCUUACUCUCGGAAGAUCAUCUAACUGGUCCAAUUGGUAUGAAGCUGGGCCCGGCAUUGAAGCUUCGCGCACUUCUGGCGAGAAAACUCGGCGCGUGCACGGUGUGUCUUCACUGUGCGCAUUGUCAUCAGACGCCGUUGCCGGCGCUGAGCGCCGUGGCGGCUGCUGCUGCCGUCGCGACGCAGCCGUCUGGUCGUCGUCCGAGCAGUACCGGAAACUGACAAAUACUGGCGGAGACUCCGGGGCCUGAUAUCGACCUCAACAAGGCCCUCAGGAUAGAACGUCGCGUGCAACGACCUGUACGCAAACCGGAAGUCGUCUUCAAGAAACCGAUAAAGCAAUGACAGUCGGCUAUCUUGCUCAAGAUCAAAUCCGGAAACUGCGUUAAAGCAGAAAAGUCCUUUGGUAGAAUAUCGUUGUGUGUUAUUUUUAUAUUCUGACGUAAUACCAAGGCUGGAGACUCCGCCGUCUUAUAGUACCUAAUGCUUCUAUGCCGCAGGGCGACCUUUCGUUCGCUACGCCUUUUAACAUCCUCGACUUCAUAUUCUCAGCCUUAUCCGCGUGACCUCUGAUAUCGACCUCUACUCCUACGAAAUGGGAAUAGUACGUGUCUUGGAAUCGUGCCUGAAAUCAAUAAUUAAGAGACCAUUGGUAUUUCUGGUCAACCGCUCUGUACUUAAAGGAAAAUGCUAUAGAGAGCUAUCGCAUUGAGGAUGUAAAAUUUUUAUGAUACGAGGACAUGGGAAAGUGCAGAAAACUGAUGGUUGAUUAUAAAAAAAAAGGAACCGUCAUAUUGCAGGAUAUUUUUGAAAAUUUUAGAAAAUUCAAAACAAUUGAAUUCCGAUAUAUUCUUUCGUUCAGCGUCUUCCAUGUAAUCGGUUAAAAUUAUAUAUUUAUGACUGAUCGCCUAUACUAUUUACUGAUAAUAGCGGUGCGAACGCUUUGCGAUUUUGAAAUAUAGGAAAGCGAAUUUAAAACGCGCAUAUAAGCGAGUGUUAAUUCAAAAGACGAAAAAGUUAGGAGUCUAUGGAAAAAAUAAUAAAAUGCGUGGCGAUUCGAGCGUCACUCUUGGUUACCUGAUAAGACGUAAUCGACCUGAUCGAAGAGGUCGAGAACGUCAUCGAAUGAGAAUGGAAUGAGAUUUACCCUAAUUAGCGGCAAACAAUGUGCAAUAACAAUAACAAACAUUUCGAUUAUAUCUUUAACUGUAGGUUGAAUACGUAUUUGCUCAAAUCGUUGUUUCUUUUUUUUUAUAUAUAUAUAUAUAUAUUUUAACGAAGUUUUUAUAUGAAUG